AUGUUAUGUCACAAACCACUGAUGCUUGUUGUCAAAGACCAGUACAAUAUCUUAUGUCUGGGUUUGAGUGGUUCGGGAAAAAGCACUUUAUUGGCACAUCUGGUCGGGGAGACCACGGCUAACAUCGAGCCCACCAAUGGCUUCAACAUUAAGACCUUUCCCAUCAAAGGGACGAUUGUCAGCAUUAAAGAGUUGGGCGGUUCCGGAAGAGUACAGAACUUUUGGGACUAUUAUUUCGCUGAUAAGAAUGCCAUCCUUUUUGUGGUGAACGCGUCGGCCACUGAGGAUGAGCUCAGACUCGCCAGAGAGACCCUCAGAACAGUUCUAUCAAACAUCCGGUUAAGGGGUAAGCCGUGUCUGGUUUUGGGCACUCAUAGCGAUGUAUCGGGUGCUAAGACGGAGCAGGAACUGGAUCUAUAUUUCCAGAACAUAAUGAACGGACAUAAAUGGCAGGUAUUGUGCUGUUCAUCGUUUGAUAGGCAACAGACUCGCAGCGCUUUGGAGACUUUGAUUGAUUUGAUUACUAUUAGUGGACAUUAA